UCGCGCUCCUCCUCCUCCACACGAGUGAACGAAGAUGGCGCAGGGCGGCACGGUUCCCAGCGAUCUCUACCAGCAUGUGUACUCGUUUCUCGUGGGAAAUAAGUUCGCUAAAGCCGCGAAAGAGUUCUUAAAGCAGGCUAACGUGAAACCUCAAGACCAAAAUGAGGACAGUCUCCUGGACAUCUUCAAUUUUUGGGUGAAGUCCCCAGAAACCAAAAAGCGCAAAGCGGUCACCAGUGGCCCUGCGGUGGUCAACGGCCCAUCGGCCAAGAAAGCAAAGAAAGAUGCGGUGAGUUCAAGUAGUGAGGACUCCAGCAGUGAAGAGGAAGCUGCAGCACCUGCCAAGAAAGUCGUACAAGCGAAAGCUCCUGCUCCAAAGAAGCCAGCAGCUGUAGCUGCUAAAAAGAGCAGCAGCUCUGAAGACUCCAGCGACUCGGAGGAUGAAGCUCAGGCUAAAACAGCAGCAAAGAAGCCUGCAGCUGUGAAACCUGCUGUUCAGCCUGCAGCACCAGCCAGGAAGAAAGACACCAGUUCCAGCAGUGAGGAGUCAGACUCUGAGGAGGAGCCGGCCAAAACUCCAGCAACAGGAGCAAAGGCUAAGCCUGUGGCAGGGACCCCUAAACCGGCGUCCACUCCAGUGUCUGCAGCUCAGAAGAAGCAGGACAGUAGCAGCAGUGAGGACAGCUCAAGUGAAUCCGAGGACGAGGCUCCAGCUAAGACAGCAGUAAAAACACCAGUCCCGGUGAAGACCCCUCCAGCUAAACCCGCGGCCCCUGCAGAAUCCAGCAGUGAGGAGUCAUCCUCAGAUGAGGAAGAUGCACCUCCUACUAAGAAACCCAAGAUUGGACAAUUCAACGCCGUCCCGCGCCCUGGAACACUGACCGCUCCAGCCAAAGCCCCUGUUGCCAAAGCUGCUCCGGCUAAAGCAGCCCCAGCUAAGAAAGCACCUACAAAGGUCACUCCUGCUCAGAAAAAGGACUCUUCGAGUUCAGAUUCUUCAAGCUCAGAGGACGAAGCAGCAAAGCCAGCUGUCAAAGUCACACCGGCAAAAGCUGCAUCUGCUAAAUCUACACCUGCAAAAGUCGCUCAAGCUAAAGCCACACCUGCUAAAGUCACCCCGGCUGCAGACAAGUCUUCAUCUUCGAGCUCAGAAGACUCUGACGAUGAGGAGGAGGCCAAGAAACCGGCAGCUAAAGUUGUCCCUGUUAAGCCUGCGCCAGCCAAGAAAACGCCAGCUAAAGUCAAGCCCGCUGCAAAAGAAUCAUCAUCAUCAUCUAGCUCAGAGUCGGAGGAAGACAAACCGGCCACAAAACCAACCCCAGCCAAGCCUGCUCCUGCUAAAGCUGCUCCUCCAAAGACAACCCCUGCUAAGAAAGACGAUUCCUCAAGUUCAGACAGCUCUGAGGAUGAGGCACCUGCUAAACCAGCAGCAAGGUCCAAGCCUUUGAGCACUCCUAAACCUGCAGCCAAGCCCGCUAAAUCCAGCUCUGACUCGGACAGCUCUUCAGAUGAAGAACCUCAAAAGAAACCUGCCAGCAGACCGGUAUCCAAACCUGCUACCCCAGCAAAACCUGCCCCAGCCAAACCAACUCCUGCAGCCAAACCGACCGCUAAACCAGCGGCAAGCAGCUCAGACUCGGACAGCUCAUCAGAUGAGGAGCCACAAAAGAAAACCACCGCCACACCGGUAUCCAAACAAGGCACCCCAGCUAAACCUGCAGUUGCAGCUAAACCAGCCGAUAGCAGUUCUGACUCUGAAACCGACAGCUCUGACUCCGAAGACGAGACUCCAGCUGCAAAGAAAGCUAAACCAGCGGCGGCUGCUACUACUAAGAGCCCUGCCCCUGCCUCCAAACCACCUGCUCCAGCAGCUGAGUCCAGCAGCAGUGAUUCGGACAGCUCCAGUGAAGACGAGAAGAAGGUGAAGACUGUGACGCCCAAAGCAGCAGCAGCUAAGCCGGCCAUGACUCCAAUUAGUGCGAAGAAAGCAGAGAGCGGUAGCUCUGAAUCUGACAGCUCAGACUCUGAGACAGAGGCUAAGAAGACUCCCGCCAAGCCUGCAGUCACCAACGGAAAGGCUGCUACAACAAAAACCCCCACUUCUGUAGCAAAGACUCCGGCUAAAAAGACAGCAGAGUCUUCAUCCUCGAGUGACAGCGGUUCUGAUGAAGAAGAGUCGCCUAAAACACCAGCUGCGAAAACGCCACCUGCUACAAAAGCACAGGCUGCUAAGGCCAAAGCAGACAGCAGCUCGUCUGAGGACUCUUCAUCGGAGGAAGAGGAAACGACGGCCAAGACUCCCGUCACAACAAACGGCACCAAGAGCAAAAAAAAGGGCAAAGAGGAAGAAACGACAACACCCAAGAAUACAAAAAUCACCACAUCCACACCUCAGACUUUUCCCAGAACCAAACAGAAGGAAAGCAAUGCUCCUUUCCGUAGAGUAAGAGACGAGGAAAUUGAGAUGGACCCCCGCCUGGCAGACAAUUCAUUCGACGCAAAGAUGGGAGCCAACGGUGACUGGGGCCAGAAGGCCAACAGCGUGCUUAAAUUUACUAAGGGCAAAUCUUUCCGGCAUGAGAAGACCAAGAAGAAGCGUGGCAGUUAUAGAGGCGGCGCAAUCUCCACCUCGGUGAACUCCAUUAAGUUUGACAGUGACUGAGAUCAAUCUCAAAUUAAGAACCUCUGAACUCUCCAUGUCUGUCUGUUUGACCCAUUUGUUGCUACAUCAGCUCUAGCAAGCACUGUUUUGACCCGUCUAGCCUCUGUUCCUGCGCAUGUUCCUGACAUGGGCCGGCAUUGACUGAAGAAAGCACGAAUAGAGGGGGUUGAGGUGUAUGGCUGUUUUUUUUUUGUUUUUACUCAAUCUUUCAAGCAGUUAGACACGGUGACCACAUGGUGGCGCCAAUUCAUUGUGUUUAGGCCUAUUGAUUAGCUUGUAUGUAAAAUAUGGUUUUGGCUUCACUGUAAAAUGUUUCUUAAAGUUGGCAUGACAAAUUAUGGGCGUCUGUUCUAACAGGUAAUUGUUAAUAUACUAGAAAUGACGGAGUGAUUUUCUUUUUUAUUAUUAUUAUACGUCAAAGAAAUGUCAUUGUAAUGGUUGCAUUAACAUUUUAUGAGCCUAUCCAUGCAUCUUGAGCCUGGUGAUUUGUCUGAUUUGAAGAAGCGGUGUAGUUAAUGACUCCGCCCACUUCUGUUUGACACACUGGAAGACCACCCUUAAAAUAGCACAUGAAUCAUCCUCCAGUGUGUCAAACAGAAGUGGGCGGAGUCAUUAACUACACCGCUUCUUCUGUUUGACACACUGGAAGACCACCCUUAAAAUAGCACAUGAAUCAUCCUCCUUCGGUUUUAGUUUUAAUCUUUUAUGGCUUCAUAUGUUAUGCAGGAUUUUGUAAUUUGGUGUGCUUUAUGAUCAGUCUUGUAACUGUAAUUAAAACUUGGACUGAAACUCAA